AUGCAGAAAGCCUCUCAAAUAUCAUUAGAAGUUAACAGUAGUACAAAAGAUAAAGUUUCAUCCAGAGCUGUACUUCAACUGACUCCAUCUUCUGAUGGUCCCGGCUUCUAUAGUUUGAUUUCUGUUUCUCGCAGCAAGAUGAAUCUAAUUUACCAAAAAAUCAAAAACGGUGAUUUCCGUGUUCGAAACAUUUCAGUGAAGUGGAGGCCAACUUCUGAUUGUUCUCAAGAAAUGGACGAUUCUUCGGUAUAUUUCAAACCGUAA